GUUUUGUGUGGAUCGAGUCGCUGACAUGCCACCGUCUAUCCAGCUAGAUCUCCUUGCCUCCGCCGCAAUUCCCAUCCUACGUCAGUCUCCCCGGCGGCUCUCGUUCUUUGCCCCCACGCGCCGCCGCCCGCCGCCCCCUCCGCACUCGCUCGGACUUCGGACCUGGUUUCAUACCACCAGACCCAUAAACCACAAUCAAGCUGGCAGGGAAUAAGCGGAGAAGUUUUUCUAGCCAGGGUGGGUUGCUGAACAGAAUGUUCAGUGGCUCCUCGAGCCCACCCAAAGAUAGAAACGACUCCAUCCCCCGUUCCGGCGCCAUUGACACGCCUUCCCUCAGCAUCCACACCGAGGAACCCAACGCCAACCAGAAGAAAUCAUCGCCCCCGGGUGGUUUCUUCACACGGAGAACCAGUGAGGAUCAGAGCUCAGGUGGCGAGAAGAAGCGCCGGAGUAGCACCGUCACCAAAGCGGCAUCCUUCUUCACCAGCGCUAAGAACUCGUUCAGCCUGUCGAGUAGUCCGCGCGAGCACUCCUUCAACAACUACGCCAUCCAGGAGCAGCAAUCUCUACACAAGUUUGGGAGUAUGGAUCCCGCUUUGAAUGUUCCCCAAGGGUCGCUGAACAACUCGGCUGGUGAAUCUCUCCCCACUCCUCGUUCCUCGUUCAAAGUCGGCGUGACCGAAGACCGGAAUCGAAAAUGUCGCCGGACCAUGGAGGAUACUCAUGCCUACCUGUACAAUUUCUUGGGGAAUCCCGCACCUUUAGCCCCGGUUGAGAACUACAGCAAGUCCCUACCGAGCCCGGGUGCUCCCUCGCCCACCUCGGAAGAGCCAACUAGCGUGGAAACGGAUAAUGGCUACUUUGCCAUCUUCGAUGGACAUGCAGGGACUUUUGCGGCAGAAUGGUGUGGGAAAAAGCUGCAUCUGAUCCUGGAGGAUGUCAUGCGAAAGAAUCCCAACACACCUGUUCCGGAACUCCUGGAUCAAACGUUUACUAGCGUGGAUCAGCAGCUGGAGAGAUUGCCUCUGAAGAACAGUGGUUGUACUGCAGUCAUUGCCCUCUUAAGGUGGGAGGACCGCGUGCCCAGCGUGCAUUCUUCAGUGGGGUCGUCCACCCUCGCCUCCACUGCCACUGCUGUUUCGAAGGGUGAAAGCGACUCAGAUGCUGGCGAUACGCCUACCCAGGCCGCGAUGUCUGGCGCGGCAUCUAUUCUCCCCACACUGCACGAGAAAUCAACCCGCCAACGUGUCCUCUACACUGCCAAUGUUGGCGAUGCCCGUAUUAUCUUGUGCCGCAACGGCAAGGCACUCCGCUUGUCUUACGAUCAUAAGGGUAGCGAUGAAAAUGAGGGGAAACGGAUAGCUAAUGCGGGAGGGCUCAUACUAAACAAUCGCGUUAACGGGGUACUUGCGGUAACGAGAGCCCUCGGCGACGCCUAUCUCAAGGAUCUUGUGACUGGGCAUCCGUACACUACCGAAACGGUGAUCCAGCCCGACUCCGACGAGUUCAUCAUUCUUGCCUGUGAUGGUCUCUGGGAUGUAUGCAGUGACCAAGAAGCGGUAGAUCUUGUCCGUAACGUACAUGACGCUCAGGAUGCAUCCAAGAUCCUGGUAGAUCAUGCUCUUGCACGGUUUAGCACCGACAACCUUUCCUGCAUGGUGAUCCGCUUCGAUUCCGACCGGGUAAAGGAUGUCAUCAACCGGACGGUGGAGCCCAUCGGUGUUGAUGGGGACUCCGCUACAAAUGUGGAUCGCGGUAUGAGCGAGGCCGACAAGAUCAUUGAAGGGGCCAGGAAGAGCAUGGCCAGUGCUGGGAUUGCAGAUGACCCGGCGACGGCCGAAAAAGUCCAGAGUGAGAUUCUGCAGAAGAUGUCCAAUGCUGAAGCUGGACCGGAGCUUUCCGUCAACGAGCACAGCCAUGAGCGGGUUGUGAACAAUUUGAAGAAGCCGGAACCGAGGAACCCGAGUUCUUGAGCAUUAGAAUAUGGACUUAAAGAAGCCUUAGUGUGUUAUUCUGCCACGGAAGAUAGAGAGAUCAAGGCUACAAUCCUGGCCUAGGUCCAGACAAUGGAGUUUCGCUGCCUUUGCUCGUCUUUUUCCUUUCCUUCCUUUACCUCAACUGCUCUUCCAGAUUUUGUUACCGGCGUCGAUCACGGACUGCAAACCACAUCCUUUCCCGGUUCUUUCUCUCUUCGAGCCAGGGUCCGAGUCUCGUAUCUUGCACUCGACCUUGUUUUCUUUUAUCGCUAUCUUUCCCUUUCCCCCACCGCCGACAUUGAUUUCCCCCCCUUCGUCUAAGAUGCACCGUCUCGCAUUCGCCCGGGUGUUCGUCUCGUGGCAUUCACCGCGAUUCAGGUCUGCCUUGCUUGACCGGACGGGGC